AUGUUUAUUCUGAGAUCUCUUCUAAUACAUACACUACAGAUCCAUCAAAUCCAAUCCGGUCAAGUCAUUGUUGACUUGUGCUCCGUUGCAAAGGAACUGGUCGAAAACAGUCUCGAUGCCGGAGCAACCUCGAUAGAAAUCCGCUUCAAAAACAAUGGCUUAGACUUAAUCGAAGUCCAAGACAACGGCAGCGGAAUCUCCCCCGAUAACUACGCCAACGUCGCAUUAAAGCACUACACCUCCAAACUCUCCUCCUACGAAGACCUCACCACGCUUCACACCUUCGGUUUCCGUGGCGAAGCGCUAUCUUCCCUAUGCGCAUUAUCCGACUUCCGCAUUACCACGGCGCAAGCAAACCAAGCUCCCAAAGCCACCCGACUUGAUUUCGAACCCUCCGGGAAAUUGAAAAAGACGCAGAUCGUCGCGGGGCAGAAAGGCACGACGGCCUCGGUGGAGAGUAUCUUCAAGGGAUUGCCGGUGCGACGGCGGGAGCUGGAGAAGAAUAUCAAGCGCGAAUAUGGCAAGGUCUUGAACCUGUUACAUGCGUAUGCGUGCGUCAGCACAGGGGUGCGCUUCAGCGUCCGGAAUUCGGUGGGCAAAACGAAGAAUGUGGUCGUGUUUAGCACGAACGGAAAUCAGACGACCAAGGAGAAUAUUGCCAAUGUGUAUGGGGCGAAGACACUUCUGGCGCUGAUUCCGCUGGAUUUGGCACUGGAGUUUGAGCCGUCUGCUGCGGCAGGGAGGAGAAUCACUGGGUCUGGGGAGUUGAACAAGCUCACAGUUCGCGGACAUGUCUCGAAACCGGUAUUUGGGGAGGGGAGACAGACACCGGAUCGGCAGAUGUUCUUUGUGAAUUCUCGGCCGUGCGGGUUGCCGCAGAUUGCAAAGGCGUUUAAUGAGGUGUAUAAGUCGUUCAACGUGUCUCAGUCGCCGUUUGUGUUUGCAGAUUUCCAUAUGGAUACAAACGCUUAUGACGUUAAUGUGUCGCCGGAUAAGCGGACCAUUCUGUUGCAUGAUGCGGGAGCGCUGAUUGAUUCGCUGAAGGAGUCGCUUGUGCAAUUGUUUGAGUCGUCGGAUCAGACGGUGCCUCAGUCGUUGGUUGUGGGGUCGAAGCCUGCCCCUACCCUCAAACAACGCUUGGGAAGCUUGCAGACUCAGACUCAGAGUCCGAACCGGCCUGCAGUGGAGGAUGCGGACUCCUCGGCGGCUGAUGAUCGGGAACCUGUGGGAAGCCAGGGGACCGGUGAAGUACAGUCGAGCUCACAGGAUCGGAUGAAGAGCUUCUUGAGCGGUCUUGGUGCCCGUGGCAGCAGCCCAGUUGUCUCCUCCCCUGCAGGCCGGGGUGCAUCAAGCGUACGAGACCAGCCUAUGCCUUCGUCACCUCAGGAUCAUCCUGAACCGAUGGAAGAGGACAAUGACCUCUUCGUAAGACAGGACUCUCCUGCCGAGCCACAGCCUCCCACACAAGGGGAAAUCGCGGAAGAAGCUCCUCGACAGCGUGAAGAUAAUAACUCGUCACAGGACACAGCUCCUAAAGAACCCUCGGUGUCGAUGCAGGUAGUCGACCCUUUGGAGGAGACACCAAAUACUAUCCAAAAUGCAGCAGCAUUGCCACAGGGCAACAAUAUCCAUCGUGCGAACAAGAUGAAUAAGGGAGCUGCUCACCGCGACUCUACUGUGCAGCUAAUGAGUACUAUCGAUGGCUCUCUUUCUAAGAUACGCUCACAACUAGGGCAGCUACAGGAAAGCCUUCGUCGUUGGGAAGAGCACCACGGUCCCUCCCAGAGUGAAGAUGAGACAGCAGCGCCACAAGAAACGGCAGAGGAAAGACUGUCUCUAACGGUUAGCAAAGACGACUUUGCCAACAUGCGGAUUGUCGGGCAGUUCAAUCUAGGGUUCAUCCUGGCUACGCGGUCAUCCACCGAUGACUCGGGGCCUGGAUCAUCAGCAAAAGACGAACUCUUCAUCAUUGACCAGCAUGCAUCUGAUGAAAAGUUCAACUUCGAACGACUGCAGGCAGAAACCGUGGUGCAGAAUCAGCGCCUCGUCCAACCGAAGCGCCUCGAUCUCACCGCAGUAGAGGAGGAAAUUGUCAUUGAGAACCAAGCCGCGCUGGAAAAGAACGGCUUUAUUGUAGAAGUGGACGAAAGCGGAGACGAGCCUAUCGGGCGCCGCUGCAAGUUAGUCUCGCUGCCUUUGAGCAAAGAAGUGGUCUUUGGGGUUCGGGAUCUGGAGGAGCUCAUUGUCCUUUUGUCGGAGACACCUACCAACGCUGCACGGUCAGCGACAGGGAUGUAUAUACCGCGUCCGAGCAAAGUGCGGAAGAUGUUCGCCAUGCGGGCCUGUCGGUCGAGCAUCAUGAUUGGCAAGACUUUGACGGUCAAGCAGAUGCAGAAGGUGGUGCAGAACAUGGGCACCAUAGAUAAGCCGUGGAACUGUCCCCAUGGCCGGCCGACUAUGAGACACUUGAUGAGUUUGGGGCAAUGGAAUGAAUGGGAUGAGCUGGAUGACGAGGAAGACCAACCGGUAGAUUCCUUGGAUAUAUGGCGAGGGUUUUACCAGGAAAUGGCUGCACAUAGUGAGGAGGAGGCUGAGGAAGCGGAGGAGUAG